AUGCGCGAGAAGAGCCUCGAGCCCAUCGACGUCGAGACGAAGGGCGGUAAGGAUAUGGAAACGCCGGUACCCUCCGCCUACUCUUCCACUGCCGAUCUCUUCGAAACCGGAACCGUCGACCCAGUAUACCAAGCGAAGGCGCGGAUCCUCAAUGCUACGAUGCAGGAGAUGGGUAUGGGGAAGUACCAGUGGUGGCUUUUCGCGAUCGCCGGCUUCGGAUGGUUCGCCGACAGCGUGUGGCCUCUUCUGAGCGGACUGAUCCUGAGCCCCGUCCUCAGUGAAUUCCAGUUCAGCAGCCCUUUCCUCUCACUCGCGCAAAACGUCGGGCUACUCGUCGGAGCGAUCUUCUGGGGACUUGGAUGCGACAUCUGGGGAAGGAGAUGGUCAUUCAACAUCACGCUCUUCCUCGCGGGUGUCUUCGGUCUUGCGGCAGGCGGCGCGCCCAACUUCAUCGCGCUCGCGUCUCUCCUCGCGGUGGUGGGUCUCGGAGUGGGUGGGAACCUCCCAGUGGAUUCCGCGGUCUUCCUCGACUUCGUCCCCGGCUCGCACCAGUACCUCCUCACCAUUCUCUCCAUCUGGUGGUCCGUCGGCCAGCUCGUCGUCGACCUGAUCGCAUGGCCCCUCAUCGCCAACUUCUCCUGCGACCCCUCCGCCCCCGCCGGCACCUGCACCCGCGCGGGCAACAUGGGCUGGCGCUACCUCCUGUUCACCCUUGGGGGCAUGACGCUCCUCCUGUGGGCGAUCCGCUUCUUCGUGUUCCCGCUCGAGGAGUCGCCCCGCUUCCUCAUCGGCCGCGGGCGCGAUGCAGAGGCCGUCGCGGUUGUGCAGCGCGUGGCAAAGUUCAACGGGGUCGAAUGCUCGCUCACGGUCGAGCAGCUGGAACGGGCGGGCGACGCGGCGCUCGAUGCUGCAGGCCAAGACCAGGAUAAGAAGGCGACGCGCGUCUUGAGCGAGAGCUCGGUGUUUACGGGGGAGCACGUCAAGGCUUUGUUCGCAACGCCGAAGCUUGCGUGGUCGACGUCACUGCUUAUUGCUAUUUGGUGUAUCAUUGGUUUGGCUUCGACGCUGUACAACAGUUUCCUGCCUUUCCUCCUAGCUAGCCGCGGCGCAGAAUUCGGCGACAGCUCAUACAACAUCACGUACCGCAACCAAGUCAUCUUGGCCGUGAUCGGCGUCCCCGGUGCGUUCUUCGCCGGGUGGCUCGUCGAGCAGCGCUUCGUCGGCCGCAAGGGCGCGCUGGCCAUCUCCGCGGGGCUCACGGGUGUCUUUUUAUUCGCGUCGACCACCGCGAGGAGCUCCAACGCGCUCCUCGGCUGGAACUGCGGCUACUCGUUCUUCAGCAACAUCAUGUACGGCGUCCUCUACGCCAUCUCGCCCGAGCUCUUCCCCGCCAAGGACCGCGGCACGGGUAACGGGCUCACCGCGACCGCGACGCGCAUCUUCGGCAUCAUUGCCCCCGUGAUCGCGUUGUACGCCAACCUCGAGACCGCGGUGCCCGUCUACGUCUCGGGCGGGCUCAUCAUCGGCUCUGGGGCGCUCGCGCUCCUGCUCCCGUACGAGCCCGCGGCAAGGCCACCAUUUAAGUAG